AUGAGGCUCUUUGCCAAGAAAAACGGCACGCCCGGCAAGAAGCGCCGCAUCAAGAUCGGCAUCCGCCCGCAGCUCAUCAUCCUCGUGUGCUUCGCGUCGCUCUUCUCCUUGCUCAUUCUCGCCACCGUCAUCGGCGUCUACGUCUCCAACAUCGUGUCCGGCCUACGAGCAGACCGGCUCUCGGUCAUCGCAGACCUCAAGCGCACGCAGAUCCUGCAGCUGUUGCAGUAUAUCUACUACCAGGUGGCGUGGCUCUCGCAAAGAGACACGCUCACCACGCCGCUCCUGAACUACCGCGCCGGCAACUACUCGCAGCUGGUGUUUCUGCUGGCGCAGACGUCGCUCGACCUGUUCCUCGCCACGUCCGACACGUUUGCGCUGGCCAAGUUGUACUCGUUGGAUUUGGCCGUGGUGGCCGAGUCCACCAACGCCGAGGUGCCCAUCUCGGACUCCAUCGAGGACGCGCUCUUCAUUCUCCUGAACACCACGGUGGUGCCCGCGGCCGUGACCGCCACCAACAACUCGAACGCGGUGCCCACGGGCCACGUGUCGGGACCCUUGGCCAACUCCUACACGCGGGCCGACGACACCAACGCCACGUUCUACAUGGGCAUCACCAUGCCCAUCUACGCCAACACGUCCAUCAUCGUGCACGAGCUGCUGGUGGCCGGCUACCUCACGGUGGUGGCCAGUGCCAAGCUGGUCAGCGCCGCGCUCGACGCGCUGUCCUACGAAGAAGACUACUUGUGCGUGACCAUCGAGCCCAUCUACGCGGCCAACAGCUCGGCCGCGGACCUGGACGAGCUCAUCGGCUUCCAGGCGCUCUUUGGCGACGUGAGCCUGGAGAUCUACUACAACACGUUCGUGGACAUUCUGCGGUCCGAGGCCGCGUCCGAGGCGCUCACGCGCGGCGACGGCACCGCCACCAACGAGCAGCUGCUCAAGGGCUACAACGUGGCCAUCGGCUUCUCGCGCAUCUACAUCGACUCCGCCACCACCUGGAGCGUGAUUGUCGAGCAGAGCCAGAGCCGCUUCGAGCGCCCGGUCAAGAAGUUGACCAAGAUCAUGAUUGGCGUGGUCAUCGGCAUCGGCGUGUUCGUGUGCCUCAUCACCUUCCCGAUCGCGGUGUGGUUCGUCAUCCCGAUCACCAAGCUCAAGAACGCCAUCGAGUCCAUCACCCGCUCCAAGAAGGAGAAGGACGCCUUCGUGGCCGGGCCUGGCGCCCGCUCCGUGUCCCCUGCCGGCUUGGGCGAUCACAACGACGAUGACGACAGCAGCAUGGACGGUAAGAACAUCGCCGACAAGAACAUCGCCGACAAGAACAUCGCCGCGGCGCGCAGCCGCGCGUCCAAACGCAACUCCAUUAACACCACCAGCACAGGUGGCUCUACCGUGUACCUGACCGGGAUCCGUCUCCCGGAACGCAUUCCGCAGCUGAAGAAACUUUUCAAGGACGAAAUCACUGAGCUCUCCGAAGCUUUCAACAUCAUGACUGAGGAGCUAGAGAAGCAGUACAGCCAUUUGGAGGACCGCGUGCGCAUGCGCACGAAGGAGAUCGAGGCCUCCAAGAUCGAGGCCGAGGCGGCCAACGAAGCCAAGACUGUGUUCAUCGCCAACAUCUCGCACGAGUUGCGCACCCCGCUCAACGGUAUACUCGGCAUGACCUCCAUCGCCAUGGACGAGACCGACCACCUGCAAAUCCAGGACUCGUUAAAGCUCAUCCACAGAUCCGGUGAGUUGUUGUUGCACAUUUUGACCGAGUUGUUGACCUACUCCAAAAACACCUUGAACCGCUCCAAGCUCGAGAAGUCCAACUUCCAGAUUCUAGAGGUCGUCUACCAGGUGAAGUCCAUCUUCAGCAAGUUGGCUCUCGACCAGCGCGUCAACUUCAAGAUCCUCUUGAAGCCCCGGAUUCUCCGCAACCUCAUUCUCUUGGGCGACUCCAACAGAAUCAUCCAGGUGGUCAUGAACCUCGUCUCCAAUAGCUUGAAGUUCACUCCGGUCGAUGGCGCUGUUGAUGUGACCAUAAAAUUGUUAGGCGAAUACGACCAGGAGGCCUCGCAGAAAAUCGACUUUGCCAAGGUGCUCGUCAAAAAACCACAUAUUGAUUUGGAUGAAAAGGACGAGGAUGCGGCCGAGGCCGACACACAUAAACCUACCAGGUUACAAACUCGCCCAAACGACCUGAGGAGAGACUCAGCAGCCAGCAAAUCAAACGCUCCAAUCCAGAGUCAGAAGCAAAAUACCGACGAGAUUCUAGAUAACAGCAGUAUCACGACUUUUUCCACCACUGAAUACGAGGAUAUCAUGUUCAGAUCGCAGUUCAACCACCUGAAGCCACUCCCUGUCGUACCUCCUGGGCACAAUCGGUCCCCUCAAACAUCGCAAAAUGAGGGCUCAGAUUAUGCUCUCGGGUUUAAUGAGAAACGAGAGAACUCCGGGACUUCAUCUCUGUCAGAAAUCUUCAACGUGGUAUCAGAAAAAUCUAAUCUCACCGACAUCUCCACAAAUGAGUUAGUGAAGGACAAUGAGGUAUACAAAAUGAGAAAGUUGUAUAUACCAACAUCUUGGGUGAUUCAAAUUGAAGUCCGUGACACCGGCCCAGGUAUCGAACCAGCUCUCCAAGAAAAGGUUUUUGAGCCAUUCAUUCAAGGAGAUCAAACACUCUCCAGAAGCUACGGGGGCACGGGCUUGGGUCUUUCCAUUUGUCGUCAACUUGCAAAAAUGAUGCAAGGUACGUUGACACUUAAAUCUGAUAUUGGUAAGGGGUCGACGUUUACGUUCACUGUACCCUUGCCUCAAAGCGGAGAGAUCGUUGUCCCUCCCGAAAAGAUGAAAGAGUUCAGUGAAGACGAGUUUAAUCCAAACUCAAGAAUGAACCGGAAAGUGCUUUUCAACAUUGAUGAGCCAAGCUCGAAUUCGGAUGGGCAAUCAGCUGAAACUCGACACAGUCCUGUGGACUCUGAGAAAGAGGCGAAACAAUGCAGGUCAAAUAGGAAUAAUUACCCGCAACGCAUUGAUCUUCCUCUUCCCCAACUGUCUGUGGGGACAGCUGAUCAAACGCCAACCGGAGAAACAUGUCUCGAUGACAUUUCUCAUUUGAAGAUUCUCGUCGCAGAAGACAACCUGGUCAACCAGGAAGUCAUCAAGAGAAUGUUGAAACUUGAGGGUUUUACAAACAUCACUAUGGCUGUAAAUGGAGCAGAGGCCGUUGACCUUGUCAAGAAGUCAUAUGACACAAUGUCUUUGUAUGACAUGAUUUUUAUGGAUGUUCAAAUGCCAAAAAUGGACGGUUUAACCGCUACGAAAAUCAUCAGAAACAACUUGAAGUUUACCAAGCCCAUCGUGGCAUUGACGGCAUUUGCGGAUGAGAGCAAUGUGAGGGAGUGCUUGAACUGCGGCAUGUCUGGAUUCUUAUCAAAACCAAUCAAAAGAACUAAUCUCAGGAAGAUUGUUGCGGAAAUUAGUCCGGAACUAUUGAGUGACAUUGUCACACCUCCCAGCACCUAUCUCGAAGAGGAAAAACGGCACGAAUAUUUUCCUGUGGAGGGCAUCAUGACGAACCGAAAUAGGUAUCCUUGA